GGAGCGGCCCGGGAGUGCUGCUGCGGCUCGACUCUGCCUGUUCUCGGCGGCUGCUCGCUCCGUGAUCGUUUCCAGGUCAGAAUCCGUGUUUCCUGUGCGGCGUGUUUGUGCUGAAAAUGGCCGGAGAUGGCGGCGCUCUGAAGGAUAUCAAUGAGAUUAAAUCCCAGUUCCGGACCAGAGAGGGCUUCUACAAGCUGCUCACCCUCUCCGACUCCCAGCAGCGGGGCGGGCUGCCGCGGGGUCCGUCCGCCGGAGCCACGCUGGGCCCCGGGGCCGGCCCCGGUCCGAUACCCGGCGGAGGGGUCGGGCUGCUGCAGGGGCCCGGGGCCGCCGCCGCCGCCGCUGCCGCCGCCGCCUCUUCCUCCUCCAAUGCCGCGGCCAACUCGUCUCCGGCGGGCUUCCUGCCGCCGGUGCGCGUCUCCAUGGUGAAGCUGCAGCCCGAGGACCCGAGCGAGGAGUCGGAGCGGGUUUGCUUCAACAUCGGCCGGGAGCUCUACUUCUACACCUACACCAACAUCAAGAAGGCCGUGGACCUCAGCAAGCCGAUAGACAAGAGGAUCUACAAGGGAACCCAGCCGACGUGCCACGACUUCAACCAGUACUCGGCCACGGCGGAGAGUGUAGCGCUAAUCGUGGGCUUCUCGGCCGGCCAGGUCCAGUAUCUCGACCCCAUCAAGAAGGAGACCAGUAAACUCUUCAACGAGGAGAGGUUGAUAGACAAAUCCAAGGUAACGUGUCUAAAAUGGCUUCCUAAGUCGGAGAACCUGUUCCUGGCCUCCCACGCCAGCGGGCACCUCUACCUCUACAACGUGGACCACCCGUGUGGCACCACGGCGCCACAGUACUCUCUGCUGCGGCAGGGCGAAGGCUUCGCCGUCUACGCCUGCAAAACCAAGACGCCACGUAACCCGUUGUUGCGGUGGGCCGUGGGUGAGGGGGGCCUCAACGAGUUUGCGUUCUCCCCAGACGGCGUUCACGUGGCCUGCGUGGGUCAGGACGGCUGCCUGCGCGUCUUCCACUUCGACUCGAUGGAGCUGCAGGGCGUCAUGAAGAGCUACUUCGGCGGGCUGCUGUGCGUGUCUUGGAGCCCCGACGGUAAAUAUCUGGCUACCGGAGGGGAGGACGAUCUGGUGACUGUGUGGUCGUUCGCAGAGAGCCGCGUGGUGGCGAGGGGCCACGGCCACAAGUCUUGGGUCAACGUGGUGGCGUUUGAUCCCUUCACGACUUCUCUGGAAGACGACGAGCCGAUGGAGCUCAGCGGCAGCGAGGAGGACCUCCACCAGGGGGCGCCAAAUAACUCCAUGCACUUUGGCCGGGUUCGAACAAGCAGCACUUUGUCGCGUCUUUCUCGGCACAGCUCGAAAGGCGGCGGCUCGGCAUCGGUCACGUACCGGUUCGGCUCGGUUGGGCAGGACACCCAGUUCUGUCUGUGGGACCUGACGGAUGACGUGUUGUACCCACGCCUGCCGCUGUCCCGCGCCUUUACUAACACUUUUGGACCCUCGCUGUCCAACUCUGGCAGUGGGGGAGUCAACAGCACCUCAGGUGGGGGAGGUAGCGGUGGUGUCGAGGGACACCAUCACCCACCCAACACCAACACCGGCACCUCCAACCCACCGACGCUCCCCUUACCGCUUCCUCGCUCCCUGUCGCGCUCCAACUCCCUGCCCCACCCGGCGGUGGCGAACGCCUCCAAGGGCCAGGGCGCCUCCGAGGGCAGCGGGGGAAGCGGAGGAGGCGGAGGGAGCAGCGGCGGAGGAAACAGCACCCCCUUCAGCAUCGGCCGCUUCGCCACGCUGUCGCUGCAGGAGCGCAAGUCGGACAAGUCCGGCGGCAGCGGUGGGGUGGAGAAGGAGCACAAGCGGUACCACAGUCUGGGCAACAUCAGCAAGAGCAACGACAAGAUCAACGUGGCGCCGCGGAGCAACCGGCUGGACGCCGCCAAGGUCCUGGGAACCACGCUGUGCCCUCGCAUGCACGAGGUGCCGCUUCUGGAGCCGCUGGUCUGCAAGAAGAUCGCACACGAGAGGCUGACGGUCCUGGUGUUCAUGGACGACUGCAUCAUCACAGCCUGCCAGGAAGGCCUCAUCUGUACCUGGGCACGGCCGGGGAAGGCGAACUUGACAGCACAGAACGGAAACUCUCCGAGCGGCACAGUGGUAUAGCUGGAGGAGAAGAUUUGCACUCGUCCCUCCCUCCAUCUCCUCCAUCGUCCGUCGUCUUCUCCACCCUCCAUCCACAAACUUGGGGCCAACAACCAGAGACUGAACCUCCCGACCACUGCAGUAUUAUACCCUCAGUAUAACUCUCUGUACUCGCCAUGACACACACGGCUGGGAAACUCCUCCUGAAUCAAACUCGACAGAUUUACGUCUUUAAACCGACUCCGUAGCGGAUCGGCUUUAAUCCAGGCUGCGUUAGCUCCUUAGGCUAACCUCUAGUUCUCCAUGGCCAAAAGUAUGUGGACACCUCUACGGGAUGUUUCAGCUUCCAUCUUGACAAGUGGAGCUGAGAUCCGUAAACAAGUGGUUUUCAGAGCCUUGACCAGAACCCCGUCCGAGCUGCAACAUUCGUGUCCGAGCAAACUAAAGUCCAACAUCUGAUGGAAAACCUUUUGCAGAGCAGUCGAGGCUCUUCAGCCAGACGAUUGGUCGCCAGGAAAGAGGAAGUCGAUGUUUUAUCUGUAGAUUAGCUAAACGGACCAAAGUGCUCUCAACCUCAUUAGUCUUUUUAUUAAACUCUAAAUCUGCAUGAGCAUCCAGUUGCAGCGUAUUCAAUCAUUUGAACCUGGUUAAGAUGUUGAACUAAAUUACCUUGAGGAAUAAAAUGCAGACGAGUUAGCUGCUGUUUGCAAAGUUGACGCUCGACUUUUUGGCCGAAAUGCAGAAACGCCGACGACAUCUUUGACCUCAGUUGGUCUGGAGUCGAGGCUUCACGGAAAGUCUGAGGCCAAAAUAAUGGAUGAAUCCUGGAAGCUUGUUGAUGUGGAGCUUUUCUCCUUCUAAAAGUGCCACCAGAGGUUAUCGGACCAAUUAAGUUUUGGUCUAAUCAACAAAUCAAUCCUGUCAUGUUCAGGUGUCCGCAUACUUUUGGCCAAAAAAAACAGACUUAAAACACCAACUUUGGAGGGAAUAUAUGUAGAGUUUUGUUCAAAAUUCAAAUUUCGCAACUCGUUCUUGCUCACAGAGACUCUACCGCGGUUCAGUUCACCAUCACGAUGGCCUCCUCCAUCGACUUCAGACCAGUAGCUCGUAGUCGUCCACCGCUGACGGCUGGUUUUCCAAUCAGACGGUAACAAACUAAGUGGACGUCCGCCAAAACCCAGACGCAAGCACCCAGACCAGGAUUGACCUUCUUUCGGGAGGAGUUUCCCGCCCGACGCCACCGUGGGAAUGACCUUUAAUUCCCAGCUUCAGCCCUUCGUGUUUCUCCGCAGAAAAAAAAAAAAAAAAAACAAGAAACAAAACUGCACCAACGUCGUUUCUCCUCCACGUCUGUAACCGAACGGAAGCGACCGGGAGCAAACGUCCGGCCAGGCUCCGUCCCUCCAUCCCCCUCCUCCUUCGUGCUAGAGACACUGCGAAAGCCACGGCCAUGUAUUUAAGUUAUUUAUUUUACCACGAGACUGUGUAGUAAUUUAUACUGUACAUAAUGAAAAUACUCUAUAAAUACAAAACAAACAAAAAAAAAAGGACAAAACGGAAUCGAUGACUCGGCAGCAGCGACGAAGACGAAGCGGCGGGAUGAAAAAAAAAAAAGAUGAAGAGUAUUAAUAUAUGAAGAUCCUUCUAUUGUACAUAGCAACAACACAGUUAUAAAUCGAAUGUCUGCUGUUUUAGGGAACUUGAAGAUGUCAAUGUGUUUUUAUUUUGUGUGAUAGAGUUUCUCCGAAAGCAAGAAGCCCAGGUUUGAAACAGCGAGUCCGUAGAGUCCAGCUGUCGGUUCAAACGUCUGGAGAGAAAAAAGUCAAACACUCAACACACUGUCGCACAUUCCUGAAGCGGAGCGGCUCACAGACACACAACCCCGACGGUGUAGCGUCCCAUCGGCUGUCUUCAUUCCUGUUGCACCUGAAUUGCCUCUUGCAGGAGUUUGCACAUACAAUAAAAACCCCCACAGUCCAUCCCGAGCUGCACAUUCAGGCUUUUUUGUUUUGUCGUUUCUGUGCAGAAGAACGGCUUCGACGGACCGAAAGGAAACGGGACCGAAUUUAGCUUUUGAUUCAGAUCGAAAUUGAAGCAUCUAGUAGCUCAAAACGAUGAAGAAAACUUGGCAAAUGCAAAAAAAAAUCUAACAGGAUGAUGUGAAAAGUGCAGAGAGGCCACGCUGUAAAUGAAGUGAUCCUUAAUUAGCUCAAAGUUCAUCCUAUAAAGAAACAACAAAAACCAACUGUUUGAUUUGCAAAAAGAUGAAUUUGGGAAUUAUUUUCUGGCUAAAAUUGCGAAAUAAACUCCUGAUUAGCAAACAAAA